AUGGCGGGAAAACCACCAGAUUGGGCCGCGGCGGCCUGUCUCGAAAACUUUCGUCAGUACCGGGAGAUGGCCACACGGGAGGUGGAGCGAGUUCGAAGAAAUCUCAAUGGAUUGUCUGAUGAUGACAAGGCUUCGCUGAUCAGGAAGCCGGAGGAGCAGGUGAAGGCAAUCGAGGAGGCUGUGAAGGCUACGCUGACGUUGCUGGAGAAGCUGGAAGAGCUCAUGAAGAAGGCGGCCGCGUGA